AAAAAACCUUUUUUUCUUUAAAAAAAUUUACGUUUUCCUUUUAGGGGUCGUUGUUUGAAUAUUUUUAAUAUUUUUAGAUGAGUUCAAACACUAAAUUUCAGUUUGCGAUAGAUCGUGGGGGUACUUUUACAGAUGUGUUCGCAAGAUGUCCGGGGGGUAAAAUAAAAGUGUUAAAGCUCCUCUCUGUAGACCCGCAACAUUAUGAUGACGCUCCAACAGAGGGAAUCCGUCGGAUAAUUCAAGAGGAAACGGGAGUUGAAUUGAAAGUAAACGAGUUAAUUGAUGGUUCGGUUAUCGAUUGGAUAAGAAUGGGAACCACAGUUGCUACAAAUGCCCUUUUAGAAAGAAAAGGAGAGAAAAUGGCCCUGGUUACUAACGCCGGUAUCAGGGAUAUUUUGCUUAUAGGAAAUCAAGCUCGCCCGAAAAUAUUUGAACUCGAUAUUAAUCGUCCCGAAGUUCUUUACUCUGAAGUUGUUGAAAUAAAUUGCAGGGUAAUUCCGGUGUUAUCUGAUAAGUGCAAAUUGGGAGAAAAAGCGUCUAAGUGGCGCUCGGUGGGAACGAAAUCGGGAGGAACGUUUUAUGUUGUUCAUGAAUUAGACAAGGAAGAAGUUCGUAAUAAAUUGCAGAAAUUAAAAGAAAAAAAUAUCAGGAGUGUCGCCGUAGCAUUUGUUCACAGUUACAGUUUUACUGAACACGAAUUAGAAGUGGGUCAGAUUGCUAAUGAAUUAGGAUUCACUCACGUCUCUCUGUCGCACGAAGUUAUGCCUAUGGUCCGUAUUGUUCCUAGGGGAUUCACUGCUUCGGCUGAUGCAUAUUUAACCCCACACGUGAAACGGUAUCUCAAGGGGUUUGUGAGCGGAUUUAAAAACAAUUUAGAAGAAACGUCGGUUUUAUUCAUGCAGAGCGAUGGUGGACUAACUGACAUGGAAAAAUUUAAUGGCGCAAAAGCUAUUCUUUCGGGACCUGCUGGUGGUGUUGUUGGGUACGCUGCUACAACAUGGCAAAAGGAGUUUGAUUUACCCGUUAUUGGUUUCGAUAUGGGAGGAACAUCAACAGAUGUAUCCCGUUUCGCUGGCCAAUUUGAACACGUGUAUGAAAGUACAACAGCAGGGGUAACAAUACAAGCUCCACAACUAGAUGUUAACACCGUUGCUGCGGGCGGUGGUUCAAUGUUAUUCUUUAGGUCAGGGCUUUUUGUAGUAGGCCCAGAGUCUGCAGGAGCCCAUCCAGGUCCUGUUUGUUACAAAAAGAAAGGCCCGUUAACUGUAACAGAUGCUAAUUUAGUAUUGGGCAGACUUCUCCCGGAAUAUUUCCCCAAAAUUUUUGGCCCUAACGAAAACGAAGCCCUUGACAAAGAUACAACAUUAAAGGAAUUUCAGAAAUUAACUGACGAAGUCAAUGCAUUCAUAAAACAAGAAGGCAACAAGAAAGAAAUGACUCUUUUUGAAGUUGCAAUGGGAUUUAUUGACGUUGCAAACGAAGCAAUGUGUCGUCCAAUAAGGGCAUUAACACAAGCUAAAGGUUACGACACGUCCCAACAUGUUCUGGCAUGCUUUGGAGGAGCAGGAGGGCAACAUGCAUGUGCUAUUGCUAGGUCGUUGGGAAUGCCUUUUGUGUUUAUUCAUAAGUAUGCCGGUAUUCUGUCAGCUUAUGGAAUGGCUUUGGCAGAUGUAGUUCAAGAAGCUCAGGAGCCAUCUUCUAAAAUCUACGAAUCCCGAAAUUUCUCGUUUUUCGACGAAAGAUUUGACGCUUUAGGAGAAAAAUGUAGAAGUGAACUAAGAGCUCAAGGAUUUUCUGACGACGACAUCGAAUUAGAACCGUAUUUACAUAUGCGAUAUGAAGGAACCGACUUUGCUCUAAUGUGUACAGCUUCAAAUAAAAACACUUCAAAAUAUGGAAACUUUUUAGAGAGCUUCUUGACACGUUAUAGAACGGAAUUUGGCUUCACAAUUGAUAACAGGGCAAUAUUGGUGGACGAUAUUAGAAUGAGAGGAGUUGGCAAAACGAGAUUCAAUAUCGAAAUAGAAGAAGUGGAAGUUAAAGGGUCUCCAGGAAUCACGAAACAGACUCAGGUUUAUUUCAGUGAUGGUUUCAAAAAUACAAACGUGUACCACUUAGAGAAUUUAUUACCAGGGCAUACCAUUAACGGACCUGCUAUUAUUAUGGACAAAUUAAGUACCACAGUUGUGGAACCCUUCUGUACGGCAUUUAUAACAAAACGUAAGGAUGUCAAAAUUACAAUUGGUAGCGGAGAAAUAAAGAAGAUAGGACCGGAGAAGGAUGCUGUUCAGCUGAGUAUUUUUGGACACAGGUUUAUGAGCAUUGCAGAGCAAAUGGGGAGAAUUCUGCAAAGAACCUCAAUUUCGACAAAUAUAAAAGAGCGAUUGGAUUUUUCAUGCGCACUUUUCGGACCUGAUGGCGGUUUAGUUUCAAAUGCUCCUCACAUACCAGUGCAUUUGGGUUCUAUGCAGGAAGCCGUUCAAUUUCAAAUGAAACACAGAAAACAGUUUUAUGAUGGUGACGUUAUUCUAACCAAUCACCCUCAAGCUGGAGGAACUCAUUUACCCGAUUUCACCGUAAUUACUCCAGUAUUCUAUAGGGAGGAAAAAGAACCAGUCUUCUUCGUGGCAUCCAGAGGUCAUCAUGCUGAUAUCGGUGGCAUUACUCCUGGAUCAAUGCCUCCACAUUCAACGAGUUUAGAUCAAGAAGGAGCAGCAUUUAAGUCAUUCCUCUUGUUAGAACAUGGUCGAUUCCAAGAAGAAAAAGUUACAGAAAUUAUACUUAAUGCUGGGGGCAGGAACAUAAAAGACAACAUUUCGGAUUUAAGAGCUCAGGUCGCAGCAAGUCAGAAAGGCAUUCAACUUGUGCGCGAACUUAUAGAUUUCUACGGCUUAGAUGUGGUUCAAGCAUACAUGGGACAUAUUCAAACAAAUGCAGAACUUGCUGUCAGAGACAUGUUGCGGGAAGUGGCGAGAGAUACGAUGAAAAGAACAAACAAGAACGUUUUAGAAGCGGAUGACAGGAUGGACGACGGAUCUUUAAUAAAACUUAAAGUUUCGUUGAAUGAAACUGAAGGAACUGCCCUUUGUGACUUUACAGGAACGGGUCCAGAGGUAUGGGGAAACUGUAACGCUCCAAAGGCAAUUACAUUGUCCGCUUUAAUAUAUUGUUUGAGAUGUAUGGUGGGGCAUGAAAUUCCAUUGAAUCAGGGUUGUCUGACGCCAGUUAAGGUGAUUAUACCGAGAGGUUCGAUACUGGAUCCAAGUGAAAAUGCAGCGGUUGUUGGCGGUAAUGUUCUAACAUCCCAGAGGAUUGUCGACGUUGUUUUGAAAGCGUUUAUGGUUUGCGCUGCAUCUCAGGGUUGUAUGAAUAACAUUACAUUCGGCGACGGUACAUGGGGCUUCUAUGAAACCGUUGCUGGUGGAAGUGGUGCGGGUCCGACUUGGCAUGGCUGUUCAGGUGUUCAUACACACAUGACUAAUACCCGCAUAACCGACAUAGAAAUCGUAGAACGGCGUUAUCCUGUUUUCGUCAAACGAUUCAUGCUUAGGAGUGGAUCUGGUGGUAAAGGAAAGUAUCGGGGCGGUGAAGGAGUAAUUCGGGAACUACUUUAUAGGGCUCCAGUCACACUCUCCGUUCUUACCGAGAGACGAGUCACUGAACCUUUUGGAUUAAAAGGUGGUACUCCAGGUGAAAGAGGAAUUAAUAUUCUGGUGAAGAACAACGGUAGAACAAUAAAUCUUGGUCCUAAGACGGCUGUACCUAUAGAACCAGGGGACAUAUUCCAAUUAUUUACACCUGGAGGAGGAGGUUAUGGAUCUGAAGAUUUAAAGGAGGAACACGAAAGAACCAGAAAGAAUAUUCCUUCGACGUUUGUCGAAAGAGGAAGUGUUUAUGAAUACAAACAAGCCCAAGAAGGUGUAUGAAAUUAAAAAUAAUGAAAAAGUAUUUUAAAGGUCUGUAAUUAUAAGAAUUAAUAUAUUAUGGGAGGAUGAUAUACAUAUUGUUAAACAAUAAAUAAUAUUUAAUAUUAAA